AUGACACGGUUUCGUCGUGGCGCAGCGAAAAUCCCAACUAAAAUAAAGAUUCAUUACAGUGUUAGCCUUGAUUUGAGCAAGGAAUUCGGUUUUGCGACCGUCUUGUGGUUAAACAUUCCAAUCGUAUACACGAUUUACACGAUAAACGAAUUAGGGGACAUCCCAUUCUAUUGUCCGUCAAAUUAUGAUUAUAAAGAUCCAAAAUUACGAACCGUGUGUCAAAUUCGUUUGGCAAAUUUAAUAUGCAUGUGGUUAAUGUUUUUGGGUAUUUUGGUGACCGGCAUCACCAUGUGCAUUCCAAGGGAGUAUCUGAUCGAUUUGUUCAAUGAUGAUGGCAUCGAUGAAGAAUAUCAAAGGUUCAAUAAUAGGGGAGACGGGUAUCAAAGUAUAAAACAAAAUGAUUUGAACAAUAGAAACAUUCUCAUCAUCAAACCGGAUGAACCAAACAGAUCUUCGGUUGGAGGGACAAAUACCAACGGUUCCUCGAAGCAGCAUGAUAAACGUAAAGGAAAGGAGGAAACCUUUGGAUUUAAUAAUGAUGAAUUACAAAUAUUGGCUGAUGAUUCAAACGAUGAAAAUGAUAGACUUAAACAUGUUGUUUAA